UUUACUUAUUCUUUUCUGGUGGAGGAAAAUAGCAGCAGAGAUGGACGGGAGUCUUGGAGGUAAACUAGUUAAUGUGAUAUUGUCGUCGGGUGGGACGAUAAAAGAUCCCUCAAGCAAUGAUCCUCAAUAUGUAGGCCCAAUUGUUAACAAUAUGCAGACGGUUUCCACUAGUAUGCCUGUGGCGGACUUUAUUAAAGUUGUGCACGUUUCUUUCAACCUCGACCCUCGGAAGCGUUACAAAGUAUACUCCAGGGUUUACGUGACCCCAGGGGUGUCUGUUUUCGUUGAUAUAUCCUAUUCUUCGACCCUUGCUGACCUUGUGGUGAAUGAUCCAAAUGGAUUAAACAGUGUGUUUCGCUUCUGCACAGAAAAGAUAAUUGGAGAUGAAGGUCCACCUACAUCUGAUGGUAACGUAACACAAAUGGGAGCCGAUGCUCAUUUAAAGAUUCAAAUGGACCUUUUACUCACAACCAGAAUUCCCAGAACCCAAUCAUCCCUGUAGGGAGAAUAUCCAGCAGUUCACCAGUUAAUGUGGCACAUGAUCUUGGUGAUUUGGAUCCAAUCGCGCAGCUACUAUGUACAAACGAUGUUUACUGCCCUCGACCUCUAUCACCUGUGAUCCCGCCGCCGCAUCUAAAUCAUGGAUGGUUGUUAACUGAAAAUCCGGACCAGACUAGCAGGUCAUUAGGGGCUCGCGGGUCUGAAGUCAGGGGUGCUAGCUCAUGUGCAGAAGACCCUCUCCCUGUUUCCAGGCUAGAUAUCAUAUCUCAGUUUGGUGUGUCUAAAGGGUCAAAAAUGGGUGGUACCUCUAGGUGUGUCAUUAAACCAGAUGUACGCAAUGGAACUGAUUGGUCCUUUUCGGCAUUUGGGUAUGAGUUUCCUAUGGACGAAAUGCCAGUGAUCCGCGUUGUGAAUGCAGAUGCAGAUGGAUAUAUCAGUCCAACCGAAUGGGAAGAUUGCAUUGAUGGAAAUGAAAUUCAGAGUGACGACGAUGUAUUGGAGUACAAGACGAGAAUCGUUCCCACAGAUCCUGGUUUGGUCAUGGGUACAAGUGGUACUAGUGUUGUCUUAGAUGACACGUCUUUGUUGCCAGUGACAUUGUCAGGUGACCCCCCAUUGCUGUCAACUUUGUCAAGUGACUCAACAUUGUUGCCAACCGUGCAUACCGGUGAAAUGGUGACCAGAGUUUUGAGUAACUCUACAAGGUUGUCAACCACCGAUUCCAGUGGAUUGGUGUCGAUAGUCACGAGUAACCCAGACAUGUUGCCAACCACAGAAUCCAGUGAAUUGGUGAUUGUCAUGGGAAUUCUAAUCUCCCUAAAAACCUUAUUCCCUCGACCAACAAUGACAGCAGUGAUAGCUUAGCUGUUAUUCCGAGUGUCUCUAUUGUGGGUGUUAAACGCAAGCGUAGUAGUUCUUUAAGACGCCAUGGAAAGAUUCAUGUUGACGAAAGUAAUGAAGCUGAUGAUUACACAAUUGACCCAGAUGAUGACCAUCUCGUGAGCUUGGAUCCUUCCCAGAUAUAUGGGACAGGUACGGGUGUUACUCCAUCUAGUUUUUCUGACCUACAUAUCGGUAUGACGUUUCCAAACCGACAAAAGUUGUUUGAUACCCUUGCCGGAGUUCAUGUUAAGGGUUUGAGGGAGUAUAAAUCUUUGAAGACUGCUCCUGACAGAUUUACCGCAGAGUGCAAAAAUUCGGCUACCGAUGGCAACUGGUUCAUUCAUGCAACUAAGGUAGGAAAUUUUGACACUUUCCAGAUCAUCAGGUAUGAGCAGGAGCACAGUUAUGGUGUUCAUCGUCGUCACGGUGGAACUGGGCACAAGCAUGCAUCUGCUAAAUGGAUUGCGUCAUUAUUAUGCCCAUUUGUGCUUGUCAACAAGGAUAUAACAGCAACGUUUGUGCAGACUUUCAUGAAAAAAGUGCAUCAUAUAGAUAUAUCUGAGCAGAAAGCCGGACGUGCAAGGAUUCAUGCAUUGGAGCUUGUCCAUGGAUCAUUCAAGGAGUCAUUCAGCAUUCUGCCUAAACUCGUUGAAGAGAUGGAAAAACUUAAUGAUGGAACAGUGACUAAUCUUGCGCGUAAUCAGAAUGGUAUGUUUGCCGCUUUUUUCUGGGCAUUUUGUCCUGCCAUUAAAACGUUCCGGGAAAAUCUUCGUCAUGUUAUUGCAGUUGAUGGUACUCAUCUCAGGGGUGAUUAUCCCGGCAUCCUACUUGUCGCAUACGCACAGGAUGGAGAUAAUGGUGUUGUUCCAAAUGCAUAUGCCAUAGUUGAGUAUGAGAAAAAGGAUUGUUGUAUUUGGUUUUUGAAUCUACUAUGGUUACAUGUAAGUGAUGGAUACAAGAGGAUUAAUGAAUUGGUUGUUAUAUCAGACAAGGGUGGGGGGCUAGUUGCAGCCAUGGAUGUCGUGAUGCCCCAGGUUAAGCAUGUUAACUGUGUGCGUCAUUUCUUGGAGAACUUCUAUACGACUUUCAACGAUGCGGCAGUACGUGAAUUCAUGUGGAUAGCCGCUACUACAGCUCUUCCCCGAAAUUUUGAAUACCAUAUGGGUGAGAUCCGUAAAGCCUCGCCAAGGUGUGCAGAAUGGUUGCUUAAGUAUGACAAGGCACUAUGGACUCAAGCCUUUAUGUUUCCCCUGAAACGGUGGGGUAUAUUCACAAUAAAUAUGUGCGAGUCGACCAAUUCUCAACUUCGAGUUGCACGGUCUUAUCCUGUUGCCGCACUUGUACAGGCUACCCGCGUCAAGGCAGCUCUUUACUUUGCUAAGCGUCAUGACAGGAGUUUCACGCGUACUAAGUCUAUCACCCUUUAUGCAUCGAAGAAAUGGGUCAAAGUUGUUAACAAGACCAAACAAUGCAUUCCCACUAGUUACGGCAACAACAAGUUUUCUGUCGACCACCUGGGAGAAUUGUAUUCUGUGGAUCCUACAUUGCGGACUUGCAACUGUUUACAAGUUCCAAAGUGUUUGUAUUCCAUGUAUACAUGCAUGCUCUUCUAUAAUGCGUAUGGGGCUGGAUCUGGCAGAUUACUGCCAUGACUGGUAUUCCAUGGACAAUUAUCGGCGCACCUACGCUGUUACUCUUGCUCCAUGUGAAGGUUACUCCAGAUGGCCGUAUGAUCCAACUUCUGAAUACAUUAUUCCACCCGUUUGGAAGCGCAAUGGUGGUCGAAGGAAGAAGAGGAAGAGGAUCGAGUCUCAAAGUGUUGUGAGAUUUACAGUUAAGUGCAGUAUAUGUCACGAGAUGGGUCAUAACAAAAGGUCAUGUGACACACCUCCUGUCCCUCGUCCUACCCACAUGUAGUUUUUGCGGUUGCAUGUAGUUAGCACCAUAUAGUUUAGUUUACCUUUAGUUGUAUAAUUUGUCGCGCCUAGUUGCCUAACACUGGCCUUUCUUGUAUGAAUGUACCUCUUUUUUUGGUGGAUGUAUCAGGGCCAUGCCAUACCCAUCAGCCAUCCUCUGUUUAAAUCUGAGUUAAACGUAAUAUUUAA